AUGUAUCUGAAGCACUACAUUGCAGCAUGUCUUUUUGUCCCGGUCGCCCUCGGUCACGGGAAUUCCCCUGCCCGCUCUGUGGAUCCCUUCAAGGUCUUCACAAUCUCCGCCGACAAUAUCACGGCCAAGUUCAUUCCAUACGGAGCGCGCUUGAUCUCUCUGCUAGUUCCAGACAAGAAUGGCAAUGAGCAGGACGUUGUGGUCGGCUAUGACAAUCCCCGUCAGUAUCUGGAAGACACCGAAACCAACCAUACCUAUUUCGGAGCCGUCAUUGGCCGCAUUGCCAACCGUAUCAAGAAUGGCACUUUCGCGUUAGACGGAACCGCAUAUCACAUUCCCAAGAACCAUGACGGCCUGUACACGCUGCACGGCGGAGACAUUGGCUAUGAUCAGCGAAACUGGACAGUGGUUGCAUCCACACGUUCCUCUGCGACGUUUGAGCUCUACGACGCUGCAUUCCAAGGCUUCCCAGGCGACGUCAAAAUACGGGCUACAUACAGCGUCGACACCAAGGCCACAGCUGAGAACCCGCAAGGACGUCCCCGGUUGACGACCAAGAUGGUCUCCCAGGCUCUCAAUCACUCCACUCCAAUCAUGCUCUCCAACCACAUCUACUGGAACCUGAAUGGUUUCCAGCAGCCGACUGUCCUCAAUAACACAUGGCUGCAGAUGCCCCUGUCUGAGCGAUUCAUCGCCACGGACAGCAUUCAAGUCCCUAACGGAGACAUCUCGACUGUGGAUGAGACCGAUCACCAGACAAUGGACUUUACUGCCGGCAAAAUUAUCGGUCGCGACAUUCAAUACACCCAAGGUCUUGUUGGCAGUGACGUGGGAUACGACAACUGCUUUAUCAUUGACCGUGACUCGACCUCUGCCCAAGACGCACUUGUUACCGCUCUCCGAUUGAACUCCAGCUCCACAGGAAUUAGCAUGGAUGUUGCAACCAACCAACCUGCUGUGCAGUUCUUCACCUGUCUGAACAUGGAUGGAACCAUUCCUGUGAAGCGUUCUCAGGUUAAGCGAAACUCCAAAAUUGAGGGAGCUGCUGGAUUUGUUGAGAAAUAUGGUUGUCUGGCGAUUGAACCCGAGGGCUGGAUUGAUUCUGUCAACAACCCACAAUGGGGCCAGGAAUCCAAUGUCAUCUACUCUCCUGAGACCGCCCCUGCCGUGAACCUGGCCACAUACACCUUCGGAACAGUUUGA